GAAAAGACCGGAUCAAUUUGGUCUAAUUUAACCGGAUCGGACCGUAUAGCCACCCCUACUACUUUGUAUUGUAGGCUGUAGCUACAAUGCUACAUGGAAAUGAACCCACGCAGUAAAUCUUCGUUUAUAUUUGUCUUCUUUGAAAAGGGGUUUUUUUUUUUUUGCCGUCGAUCAUCGGCAUGCACCGCUCCAAAGUCUGUCGCCAUGUGAAACACGCCGGCCGGCGGAGGGACCAGCUGCGGCCUGUGAGAAUUAAACUCGAGUGGCUUUUUGCAAACGGUGGCUUACAUAGGAUAUAAUGACUAAUGAGGCUCUCGUUUGGUAGUGAGAUCUUUGUUAAAGGUAAAUUGGUGUCUUGUGUAAUAAAGGGGAGCGAGGGGUUUAAAAGGGACGUAUUUGUAUUUUGUGGGGUUGGGGGUGUUUGGCACUCUCCAUCAUCAUUAUUUGUUCAAAAAUUCAUUAAUGGAGUAGCUCAACAAACGCCUAACAUUAAAUUCGAGAUAGAUGACGGUCUUUGGAAUUUUCUUAAUUAUUACAGAUGCCGCCACCACAAGCAUAAUCUCUCUCUAUAAUCCACCUCCAUUUCCUGCCUUGUUUCUCAACGAUUUUUUGUCAUCACAAUUAUUUGUUUUGCAUUUAGAAUUGAAAUUAGCUUAAUCAAUUAUCCAAAACAAAAAAUUUAUUAGUAAAUAAAAUUUUGUAUGGGCCAAAGCGUUACUAACUUCAUUCGGCCCAUUUUCGCUAAACUAAAUGAGUCCAUUGGGCUGCCGCGAAAUUAGCAAAGUGCGCGAGCCCACAACGUAACACACGGGCUUGGUGUGCACUCUCCCGUCGUCUACGACUCCUCGUCGCCCGCCGGUGCUCUUACGGCUUAAACCCUCUUGACCUAAAACUCAAAACUGCUCCACCCGCCAUUUUCUCUUUCUGCGAAGUUAUUACCAACCGUACGAAUGGGGAGGAAGAAGCCGCAGAAGAUAGCUUUGCCGCCGGCGCUCCCACCGGAGGUACCGGACGAGGAUGUCGAAGUCUCCGACGAGGACUUGGAAUUCGUCAACGAGAAUGUUGAUUUCGCCGGGUUCCUCUCCACAUUGGACACCCAUACAAUCGACAAGCAUGUGAACCGCGUGGCCGACGCGAAGAAAGUCGGAGAAGACGCACUGGAGGCUGCCUACGAGAAGCGUCUGCAGAAGAACAAGAAGAAGAAGGAUACCGAGGAGGAAGACAAGAGAGUCGAAGUUGAACGCGUUGAUGCGCUUCCGGUCAAGUCUUUGGACGGAAAGCUCUAUUAUAGAAAUUUGUCCGAGAAGAAGGCUGAAGGCGGAGAGCUCGUGGAUGGAGCUGGCGAUGAUCAGAAGGAUAUGGGAUUGGUCAGGUUGACCAAGGCUGAAAAGAGGGCCAAGUUGAAGAAGAGUAAGAAAGAGGCCAAGAGGCUCGAUAAUGAAGCUGGAGGGGAGAAAGGAGAUGAAGCUCCACAGGCAGCUGUGCUGGCAGAGAUUCAGAAGGAUCUAUCUGCUGAAGAAAUCUUCGAAAGUAAGAAGCAGAAACUUGCAGAGCUGGGGCUUGCAUUGCAGGCUGAUCCUGAGGCCAAUAUAAAGUCUUUGAAAGAAAUGAUUCAACUCUGCAAAGACCCUAAUCCGACCAUUGUGAAACUCAGUUUGUUGUCUUUGCUGGCUGUUUACAAAAGUAUAAUACCCGGUUAUCGGAUAAGGCUUCCCACUGAGAAGGAGCUUGAAAUGAAAGUUUCUAAGGAAGUGAAGAAGAUGCGAUUCUACGAGUCAACACUGUUGUCCACAUAUAAGGGAUAUCUGCAGCGGCUGGUGACACUUGAGCAGGACCCCAAAUUUCAGCAUGUAGCUGUUCGUUGUAUCUGUGCUUUGCUAGAUGCAGCUCCUCACUUCAACUUCUGGCAGAGCUUGUUGAGUGCUGUGGUAUCUAGUAUAAGCUCUACGGAUGACAUUAUAAGAAAAGUUAGUUGUGAUACCAUCAAGUCACUUUUUAUGAAUGAGGGAAAGCAUGGGGGUGAAGCCACUAUUGAAGCUGUGCGGAUGAUUGCUGAUCGCGUGAAAGCACUAAACUGCCAAAUGCAUCCUGAUUCUAUUGAGGUAUUCAUGUCAUUGACAUUCGACGAAGAUCUUGUGAAGCCUGAUAAAGUUGACGAGGACAAGAAGAAACCCAAGUACAAUAAGAAUAACAAAAGAAAGAACGCCGAGGAGCCAGCCCAGGUGCUACAGAAUGACAAGAAAAGAAGCAGAAAAGAAAUGGCGACAAAGAUGAGGGAAGAGGUUGCUGCAGAUUUUAAGGCUGCAGCCUUCACACCAGAUUUUGCUGAGAAGAAGAAAAUGCAAUCAGAUACGCUCUCUGCUGUCUUUGAGACAUACUUCCGGGUCUUAAAACAAACAAUGCAUUCAACUACAACCAGUUCUGAAGUGAACGGAAAUUCUAUCAGUGCACAUGAUCCCCACCCGCUACUUUCUCCUUGCCUCAAUGGGCUUGGAAAGUAUUCGCAUCUUAUCGAUCUAGAUUACAUUGGAGACCUCAUGAAUUAUCUGAAAAGGCUUGCUGGGGCUACCAAUGGGCUGAUUAUCUCUGAACGCCUUCGAUGUUGCAUAAUCGCAUUCCGGGUGAUGAGGAGUAACCUUGAUGCUUUAAACGUUGAUUUGCAAGGCUUCUUUGUGCAGCUUUAUAAUCUCUUACUCGAGUAUAGGCCUGGAAGGGAUCAUGGAGAGGUAUUAGCUGAAGCAUUCAAGAUCAUGCUGUGCGACGAUAGACAUCACGACAUGCAGAAGGCUGCUGCAUUCGUCAAACGUUUGGCCACGUUCUCCCUCUGUUUUGGAUCAGCUGAGUCGAUGGCUGCGUUGGUGACUGUGAGGCAUCUACUUCUAAAGAACGUUAAGUGUCGCAACCUGUUGGAAAACGAUGCUGGAGGAGGAUCAGUCUCUGGAAUAGUGGCGAGAUAUCAGCCGGAUGCAACGGAUCCCAACUUAAGUGGUGCACUUGCCUCAGUACUAUGGGAACUCAAUCUCCUCUCGAGACACUACCACCCAACAAUCUCCUCAAUUGCGUCGGGCAUCGCAAAUAUGAGCGCCGCUCCAGGCCAAGCAAUUCUCCGGAUCAAUUCUCCUCAACAAGCAUACCGAGACCUGUCGCUGGAGAAGGAGGCGUUCGACCUGCAACAGGAUGUGGUGAAAUCCAGCAACAAGAGGAAGAAGUCCCUUCCCAAUGGAGCUUCUGCCAGAACUAGUCUCGAAACCGAUAUAGCUAUGUCGGAUUCGGUUGACGAAGAAGAAGAGUUGAGCAGGAAAUUCUGUGAGCAUUUCAGGGUUCUUGAAGAGAUGAAGGAGAACGAGAGAGCAAGGGACGAGUUAGCUCGGACUAAGGUUGCGCUACAAGUGUAUGAAGAGUAUAAGCAGCUGCGGAAGAAGAAAAGUAAGAAACAGGUAAAGACAGUAGUAGCAGCACAGUAAAACUUGGUGGGGCAAGUUUAGGUAUGAAUUUUGUUUUGUUUGUACCAGUGAACUUGGUAAAGCAGUUUGCCACAAAGAUGAUAUGAUAGCCGGCAAAUCCAAAAUUGCCAUUAUCAUUAACCCAAGUAUGUUAUCGGCCGAACAAAAGAUGGUACAGAGUGAGCUAUAAUCAUUAGAAGUGUUAGAUUUGUGUAUUACUAUAUGAGAAGUUUGAGAACUGAAGAAGAAUUGGCAAAUAUCCCUUUCCGGAGGAUUGCAUGUGGCCUUUGAAGUUUGAACAUGGGAAUGCUCGAAGCCCGAAACCAGCAGAUUGGAGAAUUUUGUCCCUCCCAGGAAAAACAAAAGGCCAAGAUCAAUUUAAUAGAAAAGCCAUUGGGGUGUUGGCUGUAGAUCCCAUCCCACGAAUAAUAUCCUUCAACUAAGAUUAAGCAAGCAGAGGGCUAAUUAAUCAGCCAUGUGAGAGGAUAUCUUCCAAGCUUCUACUGCACAUGUUCAUCUUCGAAACAGAGUUUUAAGGAUGGCGAGAUUUGAUGGUUGGGUUUCGUUAAGUUGGUCCUUGUUAAUCAUUCAAUAUUAUAUUAUUGACAACUUCUAGUGCUAUAACUAACGGGGGAAUCAACGUGGUGAGCUUUGCUCCUUUUUCCCUUCCCCAGUCUGUUCCCUUGGCCAAUCUCUGCUUUAACUCGGAUCCAAGUUCCAUUAAACAGUACCGUACCGACAGUUCAACCGCAAAAUAUCAGUAUCGGAGACUAACCCGAUAGGCGGUAUUUAACGAUAUUAACGGUUGAACUACGGUUCAACCACGAUUUUACCGUAAAAUACCCUACUACUAACUUUUCCGAUACGGUUUCAUGGACUAUGCUCGUAUCCCAAUCCCAACUCCGUAUACCAUGUGGCUUCCUCCUUCUGCAGCCGUAAAUCAUGGGGGAACACACACCCAUUCUCAUGCAAGCUCUCUUUUCCUUGUUGUCUCCCCAUUUUCACCCUUUUUUUUUUCUUUCACUUUUUAUCCUUUUAAGACCAUCGAGACCAGAGGAUCCAGUUUAUUUAUGGGCAUGCGUACUUGUAUGCCCGCGUACUAAGCGUACAAGCCCAUCUUUGUUUCUACCAAGUGGGGAAAAAAGGACUACGGUUUCUGCCAUGCUCCAUUUCCCACUCACAAACUACUAUCUCAAUAUUUCAGUUGGAUUUAGUCUUAGAGGGUGUUUUUUGAUGCGUGGUAACGUUACGUUUCAUUUAUUUCAUAAGCUCAUAUUUGGUAAAAAUAAUAUUUAAAUCAGCCUCCGUUAUACUAUCAAAUUUAUUUCUCUUACAAAAAAUAAAAUUCUAAAUCGUUCUAUGAUUUUUUUUCUUCCUUCCACAGGUCGAAUUGUAAGAAUUGAAAAACUCACACCGCCUGCUGCCUUUUGCGUUCGGAAAUUGUGUUGUGUCGAUCCCGUCUUCUUUCAAGUUUUGCUUGGACGAAAUGCGGUUUAGACAGGUUUUUCCUUGCACCCUUUGAGUAUAUUUGAGGCAAAAAAAAAAAAGUUGCUAUAUAUUGGAUGGAUCCCCAUAUAUAUGGCUUCUGUGCCUUUGCAACCAUGAUCAAGGAGUAAGACCUUAUCAUCACGAUUAGCUUUGGAGCAGCGUGAUAAGUAUGUUACUUAAAAGAAUGUGUUUUGCAGCUUCCACACUUGUCACUCAACAACUCAUAUAGAGAUCUCUCGUUUUCCAAGCUUCCAAAUUUUCUUCGAAUUGGCCGGCCACAAUUGCUUUUCAUUAGUUUAUUCUUAUUAUUCAUCUCCCUCUAAGCUGAAAAUUGCUUCCAUUCACACCGACCUAUCCAAUUGAGAGUCGUCUUUCAACUUAUUUAAGCAAACUCAUUAUCGUCCUUUCUUAGCAAUUAAUCCUUUUCAUAAAUAGAUGGGCUAUAUUUGUAAGUAAUUAAAUGAAACGUAGGAAAUUUAUCUCCGAACGAAAGCUUCUAACAAUUCAAAUUAAUGAACCAACUUGAUUCUCGACAUGACAUGACGGUCCGUGCUGACUAAGAAAUCUUAUUUCAGAACCCUCGUUAUUGUCAAUACGAACAUAAUUGACUUAAUUACAAGGUGUGUUAGAGAACCACGUAAGAUCCAUUUUGAAGAAUCUUUCAACAAACCGCCUUGUAUUGAUAUCAACUCAUUAUCGACACUAUCUAUCGAUAUACUCCAUGGUCUUCUCAUUCACAAUACUGCCACUGCAAGCAUUUUUCAAGGUUCAUCAGUAUGAAUCCAUGAGCCCGAUCAACAGUGGCGAAAUUAGGAUUUAGAAUAAAUAGGGGCAAGCAAACGAUGGAAAAUCAAUGUCAUAUCUCGUGAAAUUGAACUAGGAUCAUAUAAGAUGGACGGUUGAUAGCCUACCGUCUUACCACUUUUCAAUGUUUGUAUUAAGAUAUGAAUAUGAUUCAUAUAUUAGAAAGACUACAACCCACCACCUUAAACUACACAUAACUCCACAAUUACCUAUUGAUCAACCUCUAAUAUGAAUUUAUCAUUUACUUAUGGUAUUGCUAUGGGUGGAUAAAUUAUUGUCCUUCUAUUUUAUUAUUAUUUUGUAAGACUACGUUUCGGUAGUUGCUUUUUUUAUUCUCUUAAUUAAUGUGGUAGCAUGGUUUUACAACGGGAGAUGUAGUGAUAGGCAAACAAAUGAUCUUCACUUUCACUAUUUUCCACGCGUCCACCUACAUCCGUAUCCUAUCUUAUGUGUGCGAGUCAAACCCCAGUAGUAGUAUAUUAGAAGGAAAUACAUUGGCACUUUGAUUGGUAAACAAUACAUUAACACUUUGAUUAAUCGACUAAUAUAAGUAAUUAAUGUCCAAAGUAUAUGUUGACCAGUGUCCCAAAUGUUGGACAUUAUUUUGCAUCCAAUCCAUAUUCUUCUAACUGUUGGCCUUUCAUUUAUUGGCCAGUUAUCAAUUUACAUAAUACACCCCUGUCGUUAAUGAAUUAAUCAAAAAGCA